CGCCCACUGUGUUGAAAUAGGAAGUACAUUUAUACGGAAAUAGAGGAAGAAAUGGACACGGUCGGUCAAAGAAAAACGUUUCUGAGCUGAGUGAGCUGUGACUUACAUCUAAAACAAGUUUCUCUGGGGAGAGAGAGAGAAGGGGACCACUGCCUCUAAAAUGAGUCUGUCUGGGGAGAGCGAGGAGAGAGGAAUUGCCUCUAAGAGGAGGUAUUCUGAGAGAGAGCGGGCCAAUGCCUCUAUAAAUAGUUUGCCUCAAGACACCAGUUCUACGAGAGACCAUGGUGGAGAGAGUUGUAUCAAGUCUGGACCUGAGAAAUGGAUUCCUCAGAGCUGUAAGACUUGUGACCAUGUUGAGGACUCCACACACUGGCUUCAGAUUGAACCCUUGACUUCCACUGUCCAGGGAGUGACAAUGUUCAGGCACAGGACACCCAAAGGGAGUUAUGAGUGCACAGUGUCUGGGCUCCGCUGGCUAUGUGAGAGAGAUGUCAUUCUGAAGUAUCACUUCAGGAACUGGGAACCCUACAGUCAACUUCUGAAAGACAUGCAGUACACACAAGGUGGUCCAUUGCUGGACAUCACUAUGGAGUUAGGUGAACUGGAGGAAGUUCAUCUGCCACACUGUGUCUGUUUAGGGACCAACCCUUCCCUGAGGAAUGAGAUGAAGAUUCUUCAUGUAGAGGAACAUGGAGUGUCUUUAGAGGAAGUGCAUGAGGUCACCAGAUUCCAUGCUAAGAUUCUCCAUCCCAAGUUCUCAUCGGCCUCUGUUGUACUGAAAUAUAUCGCCUGUUGGAACGUAGAUGUCCACUGUGACGUGAUCCUCUAUUUGGCAGUAAAAAGGUCAACAGUCAUUUCAAGGCUGUACCUGCUCCUCAGAAACUCCAGUCAGAAAGAGGCUGUUCAGGAACGGGAGAAAGGUCAGCUGUCCCAAGGAUAUUCUGAAUUUCUCCUGUCAAGUCCAAAUGGGUCCUUAAAGCUGAACAAUUGGUUUGCACUCAAGAAUCCCCUCUCCACUUCCAUCAAUCCAGAGAAGAUUCAGCUGUUACCUGCAGACACCACACCAAGCUGUUGUAAGAUGAUUAUGGGAAACACAGGGGUUGACAUUGAGAUGGAGUUAAUUGGGGAUGAUGAGAGGAUAGCAUGGAGAGAUAUGCUACGAACAGAUAAAUACAUCACUGAAACCCAUUCAACUAGUGCUGUGUUGGGGGCAGGAGGUCCGGCUGAGAGCAGUCUGACUGGUUCUCCAGAGCAGCAGCUGCGUUCUGUAAGGACAGAGUUUGUGAAACGAGUAUCAGGACCUGUCCUGAAUGAACUGCUGGACGUACUCCUGCAACACACAGUCAUCAACCAGGAGGAAAUGGAGUCAGUGAAGGUGAUAGCUGAGAGGACAGAGAAGGCACGUGACAUCAUCGACAUGAUGUUGAGAAAAGGAAAUGAGUCAUGUUCCAGGAUGAUCAACCUUCUUGGGGAGCUGGACCAAUGUCUUUGUUCACUGCUUCAGAUCAACAGUGUUGGGGUACCAACCUAAUGGUAGAAUGGAUAGUAACAGUGUUGGGGUACCAACCUAAUGGUAGAAUGGAUAGUAACAGUGUUGGGGUACAAAAUACAAAAAUAACUGUACAAAUGUUAUGGAGACACAGUGUUGUGUAAAAACAUUGCAUAUAAUAAUUGGAAUCAUUUGGACCGGGGAGACCUGAUCCGAGAUCAACCCUCCUAAUCAACACCAUGGGGUGUAUUCACUAGGAAACAGACCUGAUCCUAGAUCAACCCUCCUAUUCAACACCAUGGGGUGUAUUCACUAGGAAACAGACCUGAUCCUAGAUCAACACUCCUAUUCAACACCAUGGGGUGUAUUCACUAGGAAACAGACCUGAUCCUAGAUCAACCCUCCUAUUCAACACCAUGGGGUGUAUUCACUAGGAAACAGACCUGAUCCUAGAUCAACACUCCUAUUCAACACCAUGGGGUGUAUUCACUAGGAAACAGACCUGAUCCUAGAUCAACACUCCUAUUCAACACCAAGGGGUGUAUUCACUAGGAAACAGACCUGAUCCUAGAUCAACACUCCUAUUCAACACCAUGGGGUGUAUUCACCCAGGAAACAGACCUGAUCCUAAAUCAAUACUACCUGAAUUUGUCCCAAAGAAACUACUAUUUUGUUGCAAAACGUUGUGCUACGGUGGGUGACUAAUUAAUACACCCCUGAUCUGACUGGGCUGUAAAUCUUGGUCAAAAAAGCAACAACAAUCCUCCACCACCCUCUUCAGAGGACAAAUAUCGUAGUUUUAUUUCAGCUUUUUUGCUACACAUACAUUUCCAUGUGCCAUAUAUUUUUAAAUUGGGAUGUGAUGUUUUACAAAAUGUUUGAACCUUUCUAAUUGUAUGGUAUCCACAGAUUGUGAGCUAAAGAUGAAAACCUUUCCUGCGGGUAUUAUUAUGUUAUUAAUUGACUGACUGUGUCUUUCCAAAUCACCCAACACUGCUAUUUGUAAGGUUAACUUUAAGCACGUGAUUUUUUUUUAACCGUUCCUGAACCUGUGAGCAGAAACUAGCUACAUCGGGGCAAUACCAGAAUAAAUGAUCUAUUGAUUCUGUCUCUUCACAACAAAAUCUACAGAGCUGAGAUUGUUGUAUUGUUGCCAUAUAUAUAUAUAUCAUUCUGUUGGUGGCAAGAAAUGUAUAUAAUCAUUUAUAUUGAAAAACUGUUGAGUCAAGUGUAGUUUUUGUACCAGUUCAUAAACCAUAUGCCAUGGAAUUGGUACAUCGAAAUUCUCCUCCCUGUUAUUUUGCAACCUGUAUGGCGCAGCUGUCAACAUUUUUGUCCUAUGAUGAAACUGGUAUAUUUUUCCAUUUAUGCCAGUUCCUUUCAGCCAAUUUGUAUCUUUAAUGUAUGGCAGGCAAACAAGUUCCCUACCGUCUCCCUUUUCCACUUGCCGACUCCAUUUUUGUGGUAGUGCUGCAAUUAGUUGGUUGUAAAUUUGGAUUGAGCAGACAUUCCCAUAUAUUUUAGAUAACUGCAUAUGUGACAACUCCAUUUCAAUUCAUAAUAUCAUAAUAAAUAAAAUACAAUUUUGAAACA